AAAGUUUCCUCGGAAACCCUCCUAGAGCAAGAAUACAAGAUCCUUUAGUAGCCUUUCGGUGCUUAAAUUCAACAGCUUUUAGGCUUUCAUUCUCGUUAUUCUUCUUUUCCCUUUUUUCCUGCUAUCAUAUCUGGAGCCAUGGAAUAAGUUGUAUCUACAUCACUCUUCUUCAAAUAAUCUGUAUCUCUGCACCGCAGAUGUUCUUCCCAUCCACAAAAACGAAAAGGCUAAUGCUGCUCUCUGCUGACUUUCGUCUCCCCAUGACUUCAUUCACUUCAUUUCUUCAAAUCUUCUCAUCUUAAUCGCUCUCUGCCAUGGCAGUUGAAGUUUGCUCCCCGCGAAUCUCUUUCUCUCACGAUCUCAACAAAACAGAAGAAACCCAUCACCAACAGAGAUUAGAUUCGUCCCUCUUGGAUUCUGCUUCCGAUUUCAAUUUCUGCAUUGCAGAUGGAUUUGCCCAGGAAUUGUCCUCAGCCGAUGAACUCUUUCUUAACGGUAAGAUUCUUCCCAUCCAAAUCAAGAAACCAUCACCCACAACCAAAAAAACCCAUCAUUCCAAUCCUGUUAUAACUCCUUCUCCUCCCCUGAAAAUCAUCCGUCAGGAUAGCACAGAGAAGAAGAGACUAAAAGAAUUCUUAUCAAUGAGUCUCGACGCCGACGACAAGCCACCGCCGCCGUCCAUAUCCUUCUGGCAGUUCAAGAGAAGCAGCAGCCUAAACUGCGACAGCAGUCGAAGUAAAGGCCUAAUCCGAUCACUUCUGUCACGAAGCAAUUCAACCGGUUCGGCCCCGAAUCCAAAACGAACGACGAUUUUAAAGGAAACCCAGAAACAGACUCUGCAAAAGCAGCCGUCUCUUUCAAGAAAAUCAUCCGUUUCAAGUUCUAGUUCAUACUAUGUUUACAGCAGUUCAACGCAGAAGCCUCCAUCGAAGUAUGGCAAUGGAGUUCGAGUUAGUCCAGUUUUGAAUCUUCCACAUCCGUUCAUUUCCAACGCAAAUGUGAGUUUUUUUGGAUUCGGUUCAAUCUUCUGCAGCGGUAAGGUUAAAAAGAAGAAGAGAUGAUGAAUUAUUUUUGUUAUAUGAUUGAGUUUGAAUGAGACAAGUACAGUGGGGUUUAGCUGUACAUGAAUUUGCACGUGAUUAAUGUCUGUGUGUUAAUCACUAAUCAACUAGUAAUAUUUGCAUAGUUAAGAGAGAUUUGUAAACUUAAAUAAGUGAAUAUAUUAGCUUUUAAAGG